AUGAUUCGAGAGGAAGAAGUACGAGUCGUAGCAAGAGCAAGAGCGGAAGCGGAAGGGGAAGCUAUUCACCCCGAAGCAUCAGUCCAAAUCGGAGUACCGGUCGUGUCCAGAGCAGCAGCGCUGCAAGGAUGGAUGAGGACAGAUCUGGCACCGGAGGCAGAGCAAUCACCCCGAGGCGCAUGUCAACAUCUCGUAGUCGUAGUCGUAGUCGUAGUCGUAGUCGUAGUCGAGGUCGAACAUCUUCUUCAAGAUCGCGCUCCACUUCAACAUCGCGCUCACCGCCAGCUCGACGAGCACGUGCAGCUGAGCGCAGUCCACCGCGACUAGACCAGGCUGGGAGAGGUGCGAGGCAGGAAGAGACGAGGAGCGUGGCUGUGGGUGGACUCAGCAAAGCUGUGCAUGCUCGUCAUCUCGAAUACAUCUUUGGAGAAUACGGAUCCAUCGAGCAUGUUCUAUUGCCGCAGUACAAGCUGUGUGAGUGGCUCUACUCUACACCGCGUCGCGCGUCGAGGGCAGAGGGACCGAGGGUAUGCCGUCGGGCACAGAGACAACAUGCUGCUGCCGAUUGCUGACGCAGCGUGCAUUCUCACACACACACCGCAGCGGGAGAGAACAAAGGCGAAGCUUACAUCGUCUACCGAACGCUGGAAGAAGCGAGCAUGGCAAAGUCGUACAUGCACGCGGGUCAGAUCGACGGAUGCGUGAUCAGCGUAGAAUUGAGCUCUUUACCUCGAUCCAUCAUCGACUCUCACUCCUCUCGAGGGCCAGGCAGGAGUCAUGCUCGUAUGGAACAAAGAGAGGUGGACAGGCGCGUCUCGCGUGCUGAGUACGGAAGGGAUGCGAGAGGUGCGAGGGACGCAAGAGAUGGACAUGAUAGGUGGGCACAGCAGCGUGAUUAUAGGAGUGGGCCACCCAGGGGCGCAUCAGGGCCCAGACCGGAAGCCUACGGUGGGUAUGGUGCUUCAUACAGAGGUGAUCGAGGUGCUCCCCACGAUGCUCCAGGCGGAUAUGGCGGACGACCCACUCCGGGUCCGCCACCGCAUUUGAAUCGCGGCUUUCCAGCAGGAGAAGCGCCUAUGGGACCACGACGCCAGCAAGUCGCUGGACGAUGGGGUCAAGGUCCGCCUCAGCACGGCUGGGGACGCGAUGGAGAUGUGCGCGACAAAGAGAGGGAAACUAGACCUCCCCCGCCUUUGCGUCCUAGGGAGCAGGAGAGAGGGGGAAGAAGAAGCGCAAGUCCCUACCGAAGAGGGAGCGGUAGUAGAAGCAGAAGCCCCACCGCCAUGAGAAGACGAAGGAGCUCUACAUUGUCACGAGACCAUUAG